AUGACUUGAGCCGAAGUCAGACGCUUAACCGACUGAGCCACCCAGGUGCCCCUGGAACAUUUUAAUUACGCAUUGGCCCAGGGGGGGGCAGUAUAGAUUUGAAAGGUAGUGGAACUCUUUCAACACUACACAUGCCACGGCAAAGGAACCCAGUUAGCAAAAGAGUUCAUAAUUGAUGUCACCAUCCUGACUAGACCUGUCAUCUGGGGCAAAUGACUGUCUCUGCUUUGUUUCUACCCUUAUCCCCCCAGCUCCAGAAGAGGAGACACAGUCUCCAUGUGUCUCCUCACACUCCUGGCAAAGUUGAGAAGUAACGUGUGCUUCUCGAAAUGAUUCGAGGGCCAGGAGUGACAAGAUGUGCCUAAUUUGGGGCUACACAGUCAAAGGGAGCAUCGGUUAGUAGUCGACGCAAGAUGGGCCCCUGGAAAGACGAUGCCGUUGCUACAGCUGGAUUCCUGAACGGCACCUCAUUCUCCACGACGUGGAAAGAUGAUCGAGGUAAACGCAAAGCACUGAAGUUGAAUUUUGCAAAUCCACCUUUCAAAUCUACAGCAAGGUUUACUCUGAAUCCCAAUCCUACAGGAGUUCAAAACCCACACAUAGAGAGGCUGCGAACACACAGCAUCGAAUCGUCGGGAAAACUGAAGAUCUCUCCUGAGCAGCACUGGGAUUUCACCGCGGAGGACUUGAAGGACCUUGGAGAAAUCGGACGAGGAGCUUACGGUUCCGUCAACAAAAUGGUCCACAAGCCAAGUGGGCAGAUAAUGGCAGUUAAAAGAAUUCGGUCAACAGUGGAUGAAAAAGAACAAAAACAACUUCUUAUGGAUUUGGAUGUAGUAAUGCGCAGUAGUGACUGCCCGUACAUUGUUCAGUUUUAUGGUGCACUCUUCAGAGAGGGUGACUGUUGGAUCUGUAUGGAACUCAUGUCUACCUCGUUUGAUAAGUUUUACAAAUAUGUAUAUAGUGUAUUAGAUGAUGUUAUUCCAGAAGAAAUUUUAGGCAAAAUCACUUUAGCAACUGUGAAAGCACUAAACCACUUAAAAGAAAACUUGAAAAUCAUUCACAGAGAUAUCAAACCUUCCAAUAUUCUUCUGGACAGGAGUGGGAAUAUUAAGCUCUGUGACUUUGGCAUCAGUGGACAGCUGGUGGACUCCAUUGCCAAGACAAGAGAUGCCGGGUGUAGGCCAUACAUGGCACCUGAAAGAAUAGACCCAAGUGCAUCUCGACAAGGAUAUGAUGUCCGCUCUGAUGUCUGGAGUUUGGGGAUCACAUUGUACGAGUUAGCCACAGGCCGAUUUCCUUACCCAAAGUGGAAUAGUGUAUUCGAUCAACUAACACAAGUCGUGAAAGGAGACCCUCCACAGCUGAGUAACUCGGAGGAAAGGGAGUUCUCCCCCAGUUUCAUCAACUUUGUCAACUUGUGCCUUACAAAGGAUGAAUCCAAAAGGCCAAAGUAUAAAGAACUUCUGAAACAUCCCUUUAUUUUGAUGUAUGAAGAACGUACCGUAGAGGUCGCAUGCUACGUUUGUAAAAUCCUGGAUCAAAUGCCAGCCACUCCCAGCUCCCCCAUGUACGUCGACUGAUCUCGCCGCUGCGUCAGACUCUAGGAGAAAGGGCUGAGAGGAGGCAAGACGUAAAGAAUUUUCAUCCCGCAUCGCAGUGUUUUUAUUGCUUGCCCAGACACCACGUGCAGUGAGAUUGGUGUUCGUUUCCAUCUUGUGUGUAUGCUCCUGUCACCUAGACAUGCAUCCCCGUGAUACCCGAUCGAUCACACAGUGUUCGUGCUGGUCAGAGAGACCUCACCCCGCUCUUUUGUGACGGACGUGUCCGUGACAUGUGGAAGUCAGUACGAUCAAUUUAUUGACUGUGAUCAGAUCACAUCUUAACUUCAUUUCUAGACUCAAAACCUGGAGACGCAGCCACUGGAAUGGUGUUUUGUCAGACUUCCAGAAACUGGGAGCGCACGGUGAUGGAUGUACGACGUCUGAACACAGAGACUCGGGCUUGAGCGAGAAGGGUUUGCACAGCCAACGAGACGCAUUGCCUUCUGGAGCUGGGAGACAAAGGAGGAAUUUUAAUUUUCUCUCUUCACCAAGUGCAAUAGAUUUACUGAUUUGAUACUCUGUUGCUUCACCGUCACGGUCGAUGUUCGGGGAUCGAUGUGCUCAGCCAAAUUUCCUGUUUGAAAUAUCACGUUAAAUUAGAACGAGUUUCUCUUUACCAAAAACCGUGUUGCGUUCAAAGAGGUGAACCCUGAAAUACGGAGACAGGACAGAACGUGUUCUUUUCUCCUUGACUAGUCCUUCUCUUCAUCGGGAAGACUCAGGAGUCUGCCACUUGUCACAGAAGGUGCUGCCCCUAAGAAUUUUCUUUCUCAAAGUUCGGUGUCCUGCCAACUUGAUGUUCCGUCUGCCACAAACCACCAGGACUGAAAGAAGAAAAAUGUGCUGAGGGCCAAGUUUACGGGUGUUUCCAAUUCUAGCAUCCGAACUGGAACAACUUACAGCACCCUGUAUUUCCCCUGGGUCCCAAGCCUGAUACUUUAGCCAUCAUAACUCACUCACAGGGAGAAGUAGCUAUAGAAGCGAUGUGCCUUGACUGAUGACGUAGAGAUUGCUUAUAGGCAGCACGAGACCAAACCUCAGUCGUCUGCCCGCACGGGCCCACAUCUUCGGUUUCUGGAUCCCUCCCCCUGCCCAUGUGGUCUGUUGCCGCUAACUGACUUUUGCUCAGUCCAAUAUUUUGCCUUUUACCCCCCACCCCUCCAUAUCAAAACCAUUUUUAAUCAUCCGGGAUAUAUAGCCCCAAAUCCCUCCUGCACUCUAACGUGUAAAAGGCUGAGGAGCGUGGGGCCCCACUGAUGUGGUAGGUGACGAGGAAGCAUCUUCUAGAGAUACAUUUGACCAGAUGAGGGUCUGAAAUGGCAGUCUUUAGAGAAGCUCGUCACCCGUGAGAGUCUCCGGCACAGGUCACUGUCGUUUCUUGGAAUUGGAAUUCUACAAAAAAAAAAAAAAAAAAGACAACAACAACAACAACCAAAAACCCACAAAACCCCAAAGCCCAAAACCACCCUUAGAAUCUGCUCUCUUUUGCUAUGCUGCCUCACUUACCCCUUAGCCGGGUCUUCCCUAGGUUUCGCUCAGGCCUCCCUGGCACCGAGCGUUGGGUUCCGUGUAACAGUUAAGCAGCCCUUGGGAGUGGCUCAGGCACACUGGGUAGGAAACGGCCGUGGGCCGAGAGGCACACAGUGCCAUCCAGGAACCAGGCGGUGGCAGGUGUCGACGUGUCUCCUCCCAGGGUGGCCGUCGCAAACGGUAUAGGACGAUAGAGGGGAGACGGUGCUGUUUAAGGUUACGUCCCUGUCCAUUUUCAGAAUUCAGAAAUGAUUUCUCACUUUGGUCCGCCUGCCCAGUCUCCUUGUUUUUCUCCCCCCUCCCUGGCUCCCCAAACCUUAGACUCCCCAGUGUUCUGAACGGAGGCGUCGUCGCACGUCUUCCUUCGACCGCACCAAGCCAUCAUCCUCCGUUGCCCCCGGCGACUCAAGAGGAAUCUGUUUCUCUGCUGUCAACUUCCCGUCUGGCUCAGCGUAGGGUCACUUUGCCAUUAGACACAUGGAGAUCAAAGCAAUUCUGACUGUCCAGGAGCUAAUCUGACCGUUCUGUUGUGUGGACAACCACAUAAAAAGGCAAUUUUAGUGUAUUAAUCAUAGAUUAUUAUAAACUAUAAACUUAAGGGCAAGGAGUUUAUUACAAUGUAUCUUUAUUAAAACAAAAGGGUGUAUAGUGUUCACAAACUGUGAAAAUAGUGUAAGGACUGUACAUUGUGAGCUCUGGUUAUUUUUCUCUUGUACCAUAGAAAAAAAAUGUAUAAAAAUUAUCAAAAAGCUAAUGUGCAGGGAUAUUGCCUUAUUUGUCUGUAAAAAUGGAGCUCAGUAACAUAAUUGCUUCUUGGAGCUUUGGAAUAUUUUAUCCUGUAUUCUUGUUUGAAUUCCUCCUCUAUUUAAGAUAUAUACAUGGAAUCGAAGUGUUUAUGUAAUAGUUCUACCCUUUGCCUGCAGGUCAGUUGUAAUAAAUCUAGGCUGUGAUGAUGA